AUGGAUGGCCACCGGUCUUCUUUUGACCAGACAGUCCCUGGGAAUGAGGAAAUGCUUGAUGCUCAGGAGCAGAAGAGUAGCAGUGCUAGCCCAGAAAUGGAGAGAAAAGCGGGACGGAGGCCAGAUGUGCUGAACCAAUCUCUGCAGACAGACAGCAAAGUCAGCAUUUUCCAGCGGAAACAACUGGUGGACCAAAGCUUGCAGACCGAUGUUUCUGGCAGCACAAGAAACAGUGUGACAUCUCUUGGGUCUCAUGAUAGCAGCCCUUGGCUCCCCGGCCAGGAAUCCUGUCCCAGCAGGCAACAGUCGGUUGGCCAUCCGUUCAUUCAGAGUCAGAAGUCUUCUCGAGUGCAGUCUGAACAAAAGGUUGCUGUAUCUGAUUGGGCCGAAAUGGAACAAACUGCAGGGCAAGACUCUGGCUUUGGGAAUGACCAGGCGGAGAGCUGGGGAUCUCGCCGGGUUAGUCGACAAGAAGAGAGACCGGAAUCUCAGCAGCCUUGCCAGGAAGCCAGUGAGAGCAACUUCUUAGAAUGUCAACAGACUUCCCAGGGACAAACUUUGAACAAUAACAACACAAUGAAGAAAGACUCUUGGUUCAAUGAUAGAACAGGCGUGUAUGUGGUUUCUAGUGGUAAUCAGACAAGUAUUGUUUGGGGUCCAGAAUCACUUGCAGAAAUUCUCCUGCCUUUUAAAGAAUCUGUGAUAAUCAAGCAGUUAGACAAGGAAACGCUUAAGGAUGAAGACAUGAAAAUCUCUUCUGCAGAUGCAGAAAUGGAACAAGCUGUAGCCCAAGAAUCUCAUCACAGUGUUCACCAGCUGGAGGAGAUGGAAUCAAGGCGUUCUAGUCGCCAGCCCACGGCCCAAGAAUCUCAUCACAGUGUUCACCAGGCAGAGGAGAUGGAAUCAAGGCGUUGUAGUCGCCAGCCCACGGCCCAAGAAUCUCAUCACAGUGUUCACCAGCCAGAGGAGAUGGAAUCAAGGCGUUGUAGUCGCCAGCCCACAGCCCAAGAAUCUCAUCACAGUGUUUACCAGCCAGAGAUGCAGGAAUACAGGAUAGGCACAGGGUCCCACCCAAGCAUCCAACAACUAGAAGCAGAAAAAACUAGGUCAGACGAACAACGAGCAAGACGACGUAAGAAAACACACAAAAUUAAAGUUGACCAGGCUCAACAGACAGACAGUGCAGACAGUCUGGCAAAAGAAUUGUUUGAAAGAGGUGCACAGACAAGUAUCACAAGUGCUGAAAAAAUCAGUGCCACCACUGAAUGGCAAGACUCCCGCCAUGGCAGCCAGCAGCCUGACCUUCAAGAAGGAGACCAGAGCAUGCAUCCAGUUCAAUUGCAAGAGCCCUGUGCUCUCAGCCAGCCACUAGAAGCACCUGAAAGCUGCAGAAGUAGCCUGCAGUAUGAGCUGCGAGGCUCUCACCAUGGAAGCGAGCUGCUUGGUGCUACAGAACACCACCGCAGCAGUCUUCCUACUCAUUUACAAGAUUCUUUCCAUGAUGGCUUGCAACAAGAAGUUCAAGAAUUCCACCGGGGUAGCCUCCCGAUAGAAUUGGAGGAUUCCCGCCGUGGGAGCAGGCAAGUUGAUGCUCCAGAACCCCACCGAAGCAGUCUUCCAAUUCAGUUACAAGAUUCUUGCCAUGACAGCAUGCCGUGUGCAGCACAAGGAUUCCCCAGGAGCAGCCUCCCUGCUGAAUUGCAAGAUUCCCACCGAGACAGCGAGCAGAGUCACUUUCAGCAACCUCACCGUGACAGUCUCCUACCCGGGAGACGAGAAUCUGAACCUGCAGGUGAACAACUUGAAGCAAGACACAGCCAGAGUGGCCAGAAACCUCUGGGCACAGAAUUCAGAAUGGAUGAUGAGAAGGAGCCCCAGAUGCCCAUGUCUUUUGAUAAUGAGCCAGUGCUGCCCAAACAGAAAGCUUCAUUUGGUCAGCAGACCUACAGCAUCAUUUCCAUUGAAGGAACUACCUGGUUAAACCGAAGAAGUGGUACGCUAAUGAGAAACCAGAGCCAACAGACCAUGACUAGUUGGCUCCAGAAUUAUAGGGAGAAAAAACAGAUGCUCUCUACUGAAAAAUUGGAGUCAAAGAGUGGAGAACCUGAGGUUGAACGAUCAACCUGCCCCCUAGAUGAAAAAGAAGCAGCUGACCAGCCGCUCACAGAGCCCGAAGCUCAGAAUGUCAUCCAAGAGGCUGGAGCCCUGGAGUCCGAGACAGAGAGCAGGGGGCCUCUUCCAACCGAAUCCCGGAGGGGUAGCGAACUGCGCUCCAUGCCUGGGUCUAGGAGGGGCAGCGGAAUGCCUUCUGAGGCUGAUUCCCGAAGGGGCAGCAAACCAUCCACGGUCCCUAAUUCCCGGAAGGGCAGCAGAUUGCCUGCUCUCCCCGAGACAUGGAAGGACAGCGAACAGCCCGCUCUUCCUGAAUCGCCUGAACGAUACGUGUUUGAGUUGCCUGGAUCCAGGAAGGCUAGUGAAUCCCCGGCUGUACCACAGUCCCGGAAGGCCAGUGAACCGCCCAUGACGCUUGAGUCCUGGAAAGCCGGAGAAUGCCCAGACUUGCCUGAGCCCCAUAGGACCAACGAACAACCUCUCGUAGAUGAGGUCUGGGUGGCAAGUGAACUGCCCUCUGUGCCACAAUCCCGGAAGGGCAGUGAACCACCCACUGUGCCCGAAUCUCGAAAGGCCAGUAUAUUGCCUACUGUACCUGAAUCCCGGAAGGCCAGUGAAACACCUGUUGUGCUGGAAUCCCAAAAGGCCAGCGAACCAUUCUUUGUGCCUGAAUCUCGAAAGGCCAGUGUGUCACCAACUGUGCCACAGUCCCGGAAGGCCAGCGAACUGCCCUCUGAGCUUGAAUCUUGCAAGGCCAGUGAAUCACCUGCUCUGCCUGAAUCUCAAAACGUGAGUCAAUUGCCAAAUGUGUCCGAAUCCCGGAAAGCCAGCGAAGCAUCCACCCUGCCCCAAUCAUCUAUUGUGCCCGAAUCCCGAAAGCUCAGUGAAUCACCCACUGUGCCACAAUCCAGGAAGGGCAGUGAAACGACCUCCAUGCCACAAUCCCGGAAAGGCAGUGAGCCACCCGCUGUGCCCGAAUCUCGAAAGGCCAGCAUAUUGCCCACUGUGCCUGAAUACCAAAGGGCCAGUGAAUCAUCCUUUGUGCUUGAAUCCCAGAAGGUCAGCGAAACACCCAUUGUACCUGAAUCCCGAAAGGCUAGUGAAUCACCCACUGUGCCACAAUCCCGGAAGGGCAGUGAAACCUCCUCUGUGCCACAAUCCCGGAAGGGCAGUGAACCACGCACUGUGCCCGAAUCUCGAAAGGCCAGUAUAUUGCCUACUGUACCUGAAUCCCGGAAAUCCAGUGAAACACCUGUUGUGCUGGAAUCACAAAAGGCCAGUGAACCAUUCUUUGUGGCUGAAUCUCGAAAGGCCAGUGAACCACCCACUGUGCCGCAGUCCCGGAAGGGCAGUGAAAUCUCCUCUGUGCCACAAUCCCGGAAGGGCAGUGAACCACGCACUGUGUCCGAAUCUCGAAAGACCAGUAUAUUGCCUACUGUACCUGAAUACCGAAAGGCUAGUGAAUCACCCAUUGUGCUGGAAUCACAAAAGGCCAGUGAACCAUUCUUUGUACAUGAAUCCCGAAAGGCCAGUGAAUCACCCACUGUGCCACAAUCCCGGAAGACCAGUGAACCGUCCUCUGUGCCUGAGUCCCAGAAGGUCAAUGAACCAUUCCCUGUGCCCGGAUCCCAAAAGCCAAGUGAACCAUCCUCUGUGCCUGAAUCUCGGAAGGCCAGUGAACAAAGUUUUUUGAAACAUGUAUCUUCUUUUUCUGCGAAAGCUCAGCAGACGUACAGCAUUAUUUCUGUUGAGAUAAAUACCUGGAUGAACAGAAGAACCGGCAAAUUAAUGACAUCCAGUAGUCAACAAACUGAGAGGAGCUGGAUGCAGGACUAUAUAGCAAAAAAAUUAAAAGGUGUCGCUAAAGAUAGUCUGACGGCAGCUGAACUUACCAGCCCUGAGAACGAUGGAAAAGAUGCUGCAGAACAACAGCACACUAGCAAGGGUGAAGUGGAAACUGAGGAGUCCUGGUGGGGCAGCCAACAAGCAGAGGUGCAGGAGAACCGGCGGGGAAGCCAACAGACGGAGGUGCUGGAGUCCCGGCGGGGCAGCCAACAGGCGGAGGUGCAGCAGUCCCGGCGGGGCAGCCAACAGGCGGAGGUGCAGGAGUCCCGGCGGAGCAGCCAACAGGCGGAGGGGCAGGAGUCCCGGCGGGAUGAAGCUCUGCAGACGUCUAGCAUCAUUUCUCUCGAAGUUGGGAUCUGGCUAAACAGAAAAACUGGGAAGAUAUUGAGAAGCCAUAGUCAACAGACAAGUGCCAGCUGUCUUCAUACUGAUUGUAGAGGACCUCCGGAACACAACAGAGAUACAGCAGAGAGCCCACAGGUAUCCCAAGCCAAUGUUAGGCCACUUGACGAGAAACCAGGCGAAGCGUCUUGCGAUAGUCUCACCUUUGCGCCAUCUUUGGGUGAGCUGCAGGCUGGCGAUGAAUUUGAAAAAGUGGCCAGUGCCUCUAGGAGCGAAGCAAUCCUACAGAGUGUGCCCUCGUCCCUGACGAAUGCAGAGGUGGUGUCCUUGCCCAUCUACACGGUGGUUUCUGUGGCCGAAGGCAGCUGGCGGAAUGUCCAAACGGGAAAGCUGCUGGCCUCUAGGUGCCAGCAGACAGACAAGUCUUCCAUCCAAGAGGUUCAUCAGCCCGUCCGGCGCACUAGUUAUUCACCCGAGCUGAGUUAUGAUGACCUAAAGGAUGUACAGAUAAGUGAAAGCUCACAACCAAUCUGCUAUAGCGAUAUACUCUAUAGUGAACCCAAGGGGCCCUCUACGUACCAGCAGACGGACAAGUCUUCCAUCCAAGAGGGUCAUCAGCCCGUCCGGCGCACUAGUUAUUCACCCGAGCUGAGUUAUGAUGACCUAAAGGAUGUACAGAUAAGUGAAAGCUCACAACCAAUCUGCUAUAGCGAUAUACUCUAUAGUGAACCCAAGGGGCCCUCUACGUACCAGCAGACGGACAAGUCUUCCAUCCAAGAGGGUCAUCAGCCCGUCCGGCGCACUAGUUAUUCACCCGAGCUGAGUUAUGAUGACCUAAAGGAUGUACAGAUAAGUGAAAGCUCACAACCAAUCUGCUAUAGCGAUAUACUCUAUAGUGAACCCAAGGGGCCCUCUACGUACCAGCAGACGGACAAGUCUUCCAUCCAAGAGGGUCAUCAGCCCGUCCGGCGCACUAGUUAUUCACCCGAGCUGAGUUAUGAUGACCUAAAGGAUGUACAGAUAAGUGAAAGCUCACAACCAAUCUGCUAUAGCGAUAUACUCUAUAGUGAACCCAAGGGGCCCUCUACGUACCAGCAGACGGACAAGUCUUCCAUCCAAGAGGGUCAUCAGCCCGUCCGGCGCACUAGUUAUUCACCCGAGCUGAGUUAUGAUGACCUAAAGGAUGUACAGAUAAGUGAAAGCUCACAACCAAUCUGCUAUAGCGAUAUACUCUAUAGUGAACCCAAGGGGCCCUCUACGUACCAGCAGACGGACAAGUCUUCCAUCCAAGAGGGUCAUCAGCCCGUCCGGCGCACUAGUUAUUCACCCGAGCUGAGUUAUGAUGACCUAAAGGAUGUACAGAUAAGCGAAAGCUCCCAACCAACCUGCUACAGCGAUAUACUUUAUAAUGAACCCGAGGUGCCCGGUGGAUAG